GUGAUGCUGAACAUCUCUUGCCCGCAGAAUGUCUACCCCGGCGACAGGAUGUACAUGACCAAGAACUUGGCCGACGGGAGAUGGAGCAUAAAGAACGUAGUGCGCAACGAGUUGCCGAAAGUCGUGUUGGAGAAGUCGGGUAUGGUCCAGCGGAAGACCGCCACGCAGCUGGCCGCCGACCUCGCCGACCCCACCAUCUGCAUGGUGGAGCUGGAGACUUCCAAGGGGCCCAUCAAGCUGAGGAUAGCCCCAGCCUGGUCGCCCAAGGGCGCCCAAAGAUUUCUGCAGCUCGUGACCAACAGGUAUUACACGGACUUGCCCGUGUAUCGCGCGGUACCAGAGUUCCUCAUACAGUUCGGUGUCACCGACGACACGGCGCGGAGCGGUGCGUACGAGGCGAUCAAGGACGACUACCCGAGGGGCGUACCGGUCGAGGACGGCUCCAUUUGCUUUGCGGCGGCAGGCCCCGACACGAGGACGUCCACGAUCUGCAUAUUCCUGGCGGCCUUCGACGAGCUUGGCAGGAAUCCGUGGGAGACGCCCAUCGGCAAGGUGUGCCCAGAGUCCAUGGGAGUGCUGCACAGCAUCUUCACUGGCUACGGGGACCCGGCCUCGCGCGAGGUGGGAGGGAUGGGGAGUGGGGCGGGGCACGCCGUGCUCGGGGAGAGGCAUGCGUACCUCUUGUUCCCGCACGGGACAGAGCAGGAGGCGAGGAAAAACGCGCGCACCCUCCCCAUCACCAGGGCCUCGCAGGAGUCUCGUGCGAGCGGCGGGCCUACCAAAAGUUCUGCCUCGAAGCUUCGAGACGAGCCCGGCGGCUCGAUCGGAUUGCUCCGUCGGUUCGUCGCUGUGCUCAAGCUCUACGAGUGA